GUAGUUGUAGCUUCCGUUUUAAAGGAGUGCAACCUGACAAAUUCACGUUGAAAAAUGGCUGCUUUAAGAAGUUGGUCUCGUGUUCUUAAUCGGGCUUUUCUAACCCAGAGUCGGCAGUUUGCUGCUGCUGCAGGACAUGUGGAAUCGCACCAGGCAGGUCGUAUGUGGAAGAUCCUGACCUUUGUGGUAGCUCUCCCAGGAGUCGGUGUUUGCAUGCUGAAUGCUUAUCUGAAGAUGCAGCAUCACUCUCACGGACAGCCAGAGUUUGUUGCCUAUCCACACCUACGCAUCCGGAGCAAGCCGUUCCCAUGGGGUGAUGGGUCCAAAACCCUGUUUCACAACUCCCAUGUAAAUCCACUCCCAGAUGGCUACGAGGACCAUGGUGACCACCACUGAGACAGGACCACUUGGACUGGAAUCUGAAUCAUGCUUGGAUGCUCUUUAAAUGGAUCAGAAUUGUGUGGAACACAGUAUACUGGACCAGUUGAUCAAAUCUUUCUCAGCAUUCCUGUAGUUAAAAUAAACUACUGAAUUAAACUUCAA